AAAAAAAUCCAUCUUCAUCAUGUGCACAGGUCUGCUUCCAUUUCUAAUUUUUUAAACUGCAAGUCUCACUACAAAGACACAAGUCUAGUGGGCAAUAAAAAUUCUUCAACAACCCCAUUCAUUAUUGAAGUUUCGUCUCUGCAACUGUACGACUUUCAACGGCUUUUCGCUUGGGAACGAGCACUACUAUGGCAACUCCCCAAUCACCGGCUACAUAUGGGCCGACGCAAUACACUUAUGAAGAGCUAGCAGAGGCAGCUCAUCGUUUUUCCAACAAUUACCGAAUCGGCGGUGGUGGUUUUGGUGAAGUUUAUGAGGGAUUCUUGGAUGGUAAAAUCGCUGCUAUUAAGAAACUGAAGAUCCUUCCGGAUCAACCGUUGAAGAAAGGAUUGGAGCACGAGAUCAGGGUCGCUAGCUGUGUCAGCCACCGAAAUCUUGUUAAGCUGGUGGGUUACUGUGUCGAUGGAGCGAACGUAUUGCUUGUUCUAGAGUAUUUUCGCAAUAAAUCCUUGAAAUUUAAUUUACAUGAAAAGAAGAAUUUAGAUUGGCCGAAAAGAAUGAAAAUCGCUAUUGGUUGUGCUAGAGGAUUGGAAUAUCUGCAUCUAUACUGUACUCCCAGAAUUAUACAUCAAGAUAUUAAACCGGAUAAUAUUCUUCUUGAUGAUAAUUUUGAACCAAAGGUGGCAGAUUUUGGACUUGCAUUGUUCUUUCCUGAUAAUGUUUCUCACAUCUCCACAUCCAAUAUUGGUGGAACUGUGGAUUAUAUAGAUCCUAAGCAUUCUGGACAGGCAACUGAUAAAUUAGAUGUCUAUUCCUUUGGUGUGGUACUUUUAGAAUUGAUUUCAGGAAGACCUCCUACACAAGAAGGCAGUCACAUUGUUUCUUGGGCGAAAAAUCAAAUCAUACCAGUUCUGAAGGGAAAACGUACGGAUUUAAUUGAUUCUAAAUUACAAAAUUUUAAUGGAAAGGAAAAAAAGGAAAUGAUCAGAAUGGUUAAGUGUGCUGCAUGUUGUGUAUAUAAACUUUCGGAGAUUCGCCCAACGAUCAAAGAGAUAGCUCAGGCUCUUGAAGAUGAACUUCAUCUUAAUGGUGUUUGGGAUGACAAUGACUACAAUUUCCUUCAGGAUAAUCCUAAGGCCGAGCUCUCUCAAACGACAAUGAUGAAGCUUCCUAAUAAUAAUAAUAAAACUACAACUACGAGAAAUCCAACAAUAGAAACCACUCGUUUCUCUAACCCUGUUGGAAAAACUUCAUUUAGUGGGAGUUUUCAAGCUUAUAAGCCAAAGAUUUUUACUCAUCGAGAAUUAAGAAAGGCAACUGAAGAUUUCUCCAAUGUCAAAUUAGUCGGUGAAGGUGAAUAUGGUGCGGUUUAUGUUGGACAGCUAGAAAACAAAACCAUUGUUGCCAUUAAAAAACUUAAAGAUCUUCCAAAUAAACAACAGAAAGAAGAAUUCGAAAAGAAGAUCAAGGAUAUUAGUAGCCUGAAGCACUCAAAUCUUGUUAAUCCAGUUGGAUACUGCAUUGAAAAUCUCAAUAGAUUUCUUGUUUCAGAGUUUGUUUCGCCUAGUAACUCCUUGAAAUAUUAUUUACAUGGAUCGGAGACUUUGGAUUGGCCUAAAAGAAUGAAUAUCGCAUUAGGUUCUGCAAAUGGAUUAAAAUAUCUGCAUAAAGGUAAAAUUAUACAUGGAGAUAUCAAAUCAAAUAAUAUUAUUCUCGAUAAUAAUUUUGAGCCAAAGGUUACAAAUUUUGGACUAAUCAUGCAUUUUCCGCCAGGGAGAACUAAUGAUAUUUAUUCAUAUUCAAAAGAUUAUAAAAAUCUCUCUGAAAAAUCAGAUGUUUAUACAUUUGGAGUUCUGCUUCUAGAGCUUGUUACUGGUAGAAAUGUUCAUGAGAAAGGCGGUAAUAUUAUUAAUUGGGUGAGGAUUCGAAUUGAAAAAGCUAUGAAUGGGCAAGUAAGGGAUCUCGUCGACAGUAAAUUACAAAUUUAUGAUGCAUUACAAGUACAGCGAAUGAUUUAUUGUGCUGCAGCUUGUAUAUAUAAAUCUACAAAAUUUCAUUUUGUAAUGAUAGUUAAAGCUCUUGAAGGAGACAUUCCCCUAAAGGAUAUAUGGAAUGAGAAUGACAAAAAAUCCUUAUAUAGUUAGAGUAGAAUUUCAAUUUUUCAAUGUAUUGAUUUCUAGAAGAUGUUUUUAAUUGGACACUUGAAUAUGCGGAUGUAUUUAUAUGAUUUGCUUUAUUAGAAGAAAAUUAUUUAUGUGAAA